AUUCUUACCGUAGCUCGUCCAAACUUGGCACUGCCGUGGCUUUAGUGUACUGCGGAGAGAUUACUAUUGAGGGAGUGCGAGUUUAUUAUUAAUGUCAGUAUGGAUCCCGAUCAUCCGCAUUUGAUCAGUGAUUGCCUCAUUCAUAUUUUUACAUUCCUAACCGAGGAAGACUUAAUCACUGCCUCUAGUGUGUGUAAGGAUUGGUAUGAAGCUGCAGACAAUCCUUGGUUAUGGAGGAGGCUGUGUCUGCAGCGCUGGAGUUUCUGUAACCUUGCUGUUCUGGGGAGUGAACAAGUAUAUCAGUCAUGGAAGACAUACUUCCUGCGACGUAGCCACUUAGAGGCAAAGAUGAGCAAGGGGCACUCAGGAGGUUACACCUGUAAAAGUCUGAGAGGACACACAGGCAGGGUGGUAGGGUUGGUGUACCUGCAGGGGAAUUCAGCCCAGCGACCUGACCUCUGGAACAGCAGCGUCACCACAGUUUGCAGUGCCUCUACUGAUGGUACAGUUCGAGCAUGGAACAUCCAAAAUGGUGAGCUCCUGUGGUGCAGUCCUCCGCAGAGUCCUUUGACACAGAUUAUAAGUGAUGAACAGUGUGACGUUUUGAUCACCGCAGACUCCACAGGCCUCAUUAAGACCUGGAAGGGCCAGACUGGCCAAGAGGUGGCCUCAUUUUCAGCUGCAUCUCCACACUGUACAUUACUCCACUACAGUGUUAACAAUGAUUGGUUUCUCACUGUUGGAACCAGUCAGGGUUCUGUGUGUACACUAGCUGACUCAGCUUUGACUAAAAAGUCCAGCAUAAUGGUGUGUGACACCUUUAAAGUCAACAUACUCCUGGUUUCACCCGACAAGAAAUGGAUCACAGCUGGAACCAAGGACAAUGAUGAUUUAAGUCCAAAGGUGAUUUACACUGAGAGUUUGACCUCUCUGUCUGAGGACGAAGAUCCUCUGUGCCAGUCUCUGCCAGUUACUGGGUGCCAGGCUGCUGUCUUCAUACCCACCCAGCCUGCCAGACUGGCCAUCAUCCACCACAAGGAGCACUCCAACAACAAAGCCCUCACUGUCUUCGAUGUCAGCAUUAAAAAGACUAAGUACAAGUCAGAGAUCCAAGUCCAGCAGGUGGAGUCCUUCCCCUUGACACUGAACACCUGGUCCUCACCCAUCCUUCUAGAGGCCAAGGAUAGCAACUGCUUAGUGCUGGCAGCUAACCAGGAGCUAUGGGUCUACUCUCUGAAAGGAACCCUGCUUGCUAGCUUUAAAGAGCAUACCAUGCCUAUCUCUUCUAUAUGUGUGGAUAGCUUUCGUGUGGUGACAGCAUCUCAGGACCUCUCCUUACGAGUACUGACAUGGAAAAAUGACAGAGACAAUGGGUUGACCCUAGAAAGCAGAUACCACUUACUGGGGGGCUCUCACACAAUGUCCAGAGGGUUCACUCAUGUUGCCUGCGACUACACCAGCAUUGUGGCCUCAGUAGAGGGGAAAGAUGGGAAGGACGUCUUAAAAGCUUAUUGUUUCACCUCCUGAGCAUCACUGCCACACAAAAAGUGCCUGCACACAGUUCACACAACUGACUGGAAGGAGGAACAUUUGCUUUUAUUAUGAACUGUUCGCUGUGUGCUAUGUUCUUUGGUAGGUCUAUGUUUACAAAAAAAGAGAAUGUAACAUAUAAUACAGAUAAGAAGCACUAUGUUAUGGGAAAGGCAUUGAUGCACUGUGUGAUACAACAUGCUUGUUAAGAAAAUAUUCCAUGCCUGCGCCUUUGGAGCUGAGGUAUGUCAGUGUUAAAUGUAACCAGACUUAAGGCAUAAUGUAUUGCAAAAAAUAUUCUGGUCACCUGUUCUUUGAUAUGUUGCCUCCACUCACUACUGAGGUAAAAUAAUACUUGAGGCAAGUUUGUCAUGUAUCAGUGGCAGUAAACUACAUACCAUAAAUGUUUAUAUUUAG